CUGAUAUUGUCAGAACAGUUGCCGGGCAGAGGUUUGUGUGGUUACCUGUGGGUAGGGAUUGACGUAAUCACGGGAGAAACCAUGCCUAUGUACGAUAAAACAUAACACAUCGUCCGAUUCCCCGAAUAGUCCAUGCACCCAACUGUUUGACAGCACGCAGACAACUAAUAUGGAUGACCCGUCGAUGACAAAAGUCACUGAGCAAGAUAAGGCACAAAAGGUCAAGGUCAAGGACUUGCUGGAAAAGUUGAAAGCCAAGAAACAGCUGAAAGAGGAGAGACGGGACGAUGACUACACGAGUUUGAAUCCCAACCCUGGGCCCAGUACUGAGACGAAUAUAUACAACAGGCACGAGACCAAGGCUCAGAGGGAUCUGGCUAACGUGGAGAAACAUGUAAACAGAUGCAGAACGAUGAUCUCCGACGUGAAGGGACUGUUUGAUGGGCACCCAGCCCUGUCCCUUCCAAGGGAGCAGGCAUGGAGGUUUGUAAAGAAAUCCUGUCUUCGUAAUCCUACAAAAAUGUAUUAA